GUUUAGCGAGGAGUAGGAGCAGAGCUGUGGUCUCGGUGUCGAUGAUUUGUUGCAUCGGUUCCUCGAUCAAGGCCCCAUUGCGACGUCCAGCAGCUUGCGCACCCGAUUGCCGAAGCCGUUACUCGUCUGAGGUGAAAAUGCGCUUGGAGUUUUAGUAAUCUGUACAUCUGCGUGAUAGUGAAACUCUGGUCCUACUGGGGCUUGGAACAGUGCCGAUUUGAAGGAUUUCUGCUUUCGUGGUACCUGGUCGGGUUGAUGCGUCUGGCCUUGAAAUGGUGACGUUCUUUAUAAAGUUUUGGACAAAUUCAAAUAACUCACGUAGAGCUUCUAAAUUAGCAGUAGGGCCGACAUUGUAAUAUUCUUGUGCGAUGGUUUUGAUUGUAGUUCAUUAGGUUAUUGUUUUUUUGAAUAUCAUAACGAGGUCAUCUAGUAUCUUGGUUUUUAGACAAAAAAGAAGUUGUGUUACUUACUAGUCCGACAAUCCACCGUCAGUCCAGCCCUACGAUCCGCAGAACGGACUGGUUUGCGCCAACUCGCUAGGUGACUUAGCAACAAACUUGGCCAUCCUUGACUUAAGGGUUGAUGGAGUGAUCUCAAGCAUCUGAAUAGCUGUUUCCUGCUUCCUCUGGUGAAGUAGGUGGGGGGUGUUGCAUGUUACAAUGUCCGGAAUCGACAGGAUGAAUCUGAACACGUCAUCGCAAUCGGAUAUCGAUGAGAUCGAGAGUUUGUUCAACAUUAGCGUGCAGCCUGCAACCCUAGAGGUGCCCCAGUCGGUUCCUCCCGCUCGAAAGCCGUCCAGUCCCCCGACGAUUCCUGUGUCCGCACCUCUGCUGCCUCCUUCGUCGGUUUCCAGCAGCAGCCAGGCAUUCUCCACCCCAGCACCGGCUGGGCCUACGCUUUCUACAGGUUUCGGCGGAGGCCCUCAGUACAACACGCUGACGGAACCAGUAUGGGAGACGCUGAAGAGAGACUUGGUGAGGGUGUCGAACAACCUGAAGGACGUGGUGCUUCCGAACCCGUACCGUGAGGACCCCGGGAAAGCGUUGAGGGACUGGGAUCUGUGGGGCCCGUUCUUCUUCAUCAUAUUUCUAGCAUUGACGCUGUCGUACUCGGCGUCGGAGAACAAGUCGAAGGUGUUCGCGGUGGUGUUUGCGACACUGUCGGCGGGGGCGAUAGUGCUGACGCUGAAUGUGCAGCUUCUGGGAGGGAGCAUCAUCUUCUUCCAGAGCUUGAGCGUGUUGGGGUACUGCCUGUUUCCGCUGGACGUAAGCGCGCUGGUGUGCCAGGUGAACAACACAAAGUUGUUUCGGAGCCUGGUGGUGCUUGUGGCGUUGGCGUGGAGCUCGUGGGCGGCAUACCCGUUCGUGAGCACAGCAGUACCGUCGAGUCGGAAGGCGCUGGCCGUGUACCCGGUGCUGUUGCUGUACAUCACAGUGGGGUUUCUUGUGUUGGCGAACAACUGAAAGAGGAGGGGACAUUUUGGGUGGUGUGCAGGAGUUGGAGCAGAGACGUAGGACAUUGUGUAGCGGUUGGUGAUAGGGAGCAUGGGAGGUAUUUAAUGUACGUUCGGUUUCAGCUUUAGCUUUAUCGGGGGGAGUAGUGUUUACAAUGUAUACAAUGUAAUGAAGUUCUCUGCUUGGAGACGGAAACAUAUAUAUAUAUAUAUAUAUACAUAGAUAGAUAGAUAUGUAGAAGAGUUGACGAUCUUUUAUUCUAUUCAUUUAGAGGUAUGUGUGUUGGAAUUAGGAACAUGUCAGAUGUCACAAUGUUUUAUUCAUUUGUCUGUAAUUUAAUGAAGUUUGACUUUCUAUUAGUA